AUGACCAUGCACGGAGAGAAGAACAUUGACCAGGAUGUGGAGAAACAACUUGGAGCUAUUGCUACCGAAAGCUCUAUAUGCUCACGACAUGGAAUCGAGAUGUUUGAAAUGGGUGGCAAUGCGGCUGAUGCUACGGUCGCCGCACAGUUCUGCGUUGGGGUUAUCGGGAUGUACCAUAGCGGUAUCGGAGGAGGCGGGUUUCUGCUGGUGAGAGCACCGAAUGGAUCCUAUGAAUUUGUCGACUUUCGAGAGACAGCGCCGGCAGCGGCUUUCGAAGACAUGUACCGAAAUAACACGGAAGGUUGGAUGUUUGGGGGUUUGGCGAGUGGCGUACCUGGCGAAGUGCGUGGUUUGGAGUAUCUGCACAAACAGUAUGGCUCUCUCCCAUGGCAUACUGUCAUGCAACCAGCCAUUCGGACUGCUCGUGAGGGUUUCAAAGUCACCAAGGACUUGAUCAGAUAUAUGGAUGCGGCCGUGGGUGAUGGACACGACUUUUUGUCUAAAAAUGCAACAUGGAGCCUAGACUUCGCCCCCAACGGCACCCGGCUACCACUGGGUGCGACCAUUACUCGGAAGCGCCUUGCAGACACACUUGAAACCAUUGCCGAGCGUGGCCCAGACGCAUUCUAUUCGGGGCCAAUUGCUGAAACGAUGAUCAAGGCUGUACAAGAUUCCAACGGAACCAUGACGUUAGAGGACUUGGCGAAUUAUAGAAUCGCCCUGCGAAACGUAUCACAGAUCAACUAUCGUGGAUACACGGUCACAAGUGGAACGGCUCCAUCUAGUGGAGUUGUCGCAUUGAGUAUGCUAAAGAUUCUUGACGGAUAUGAUGACUUCUUCUCCUCUGAAAGCGCCGUCAAUCUCAGCACACAUCGAAUGACGGAGGCGAUGCGAUUCGGGUUUGGCCAAAGAACUGAAAUGGGUGAUCCGCUAUUUGUUCCUGGCAUGACCGAAUAUGAAAGUGACAUACUGAAACAAUCGACGGUUGACGAAAUUCGACGCAAGAUCUCCGACGCCCAUACAUUGGAUGUAUCAGCAUAUGACCCUGCUGGCAUUGAAAAUCGGGAUACUCCAGGAACUUCCCACAUUGCUGCAACCGAUCAUUCCGGGCUUGCCGUCUCUGUCAUUAGCACGAUUAACACACUAUUUGGCAGCCAAUUGAUGGUUCCAGAGACUGGUAUCAUUAUGAACAACGAGAUGAACGCCGGGAUAGAUUUCUCAAUUCCCGGAACAUCCAACUUUUUCGGAUUCGUUCCCUCCAAAGCAAACUACAUUCGACCCGGCAAGCGAUCCAUGUCAUCGAUUACACCUGCCAUCGUCACCGGACCCGAUGGAAAGCUGUGCCUGAUUAGUGGAUCAGCAGGAGGUAGUCGGAUUAUUACCGCAACAGUCCAGAACAUCGUCAAUACGAUUGAUCAUGGUUUAAAUGCAGCAGAAGCUUUGGCCAAGCCACGCCUACAUGACCAGCUGCUUCCGAAUCAGGUACAUUUUGAGUAUGCAUAUGACAACUCCACUGUGGCCUUUAUGGAGAGCCGAGGGCACAAUAUCAGUUGGAUGGCUCCUGGGUUAAGCAGUGCGCAGCUUAUUCGCAUUCUACCCAAUGGAACAUUUGAUGCUGCUGGUGAGCCAAGGCAAUUAAAUUCAGCUGGUUAUGCGAUAUAG